ACUUGGAUUCACUCAUCAACAAACAUUUUCCGACAGCGUACUGAUAUAGUUAGCAAUGAUGAUAAAUUGGGAAUUUUCACUGCGCAAACAUGAAGUCAUAUUUUAUAUCUGAUGAGAAGUACAAACUAAGCGUCACACUUUCAGGAUAUUUCUCUAAAUGUCUUUCAUAUUUUGUGGAAUUAUUAUCAUGGGGGAUUGCACGAAAAAUAUUAGCCGUGUUGAUAAUGAUACGAUCGUGAAACAAUUGAACGAUACGCAACAUUAUCAUCACCAGCCAAUGUCAUUGCCAGCACCACUACGCAGAGUACUAAUCAUAAACGGUGAAAACUUUUUGAGGAGUAAGCCCAAAAAAGUGGAAAAUCUUUGCUACGAAGAAUACGACAAAGAUGGUAAAUUAGUCAACAGAGUAAUGAUGUACAAUCUUCAGGACGUUGCCAGCUUUAUUGAAAAUUACCUUAAUCCUGAAAUAUGCUAUGGGAAAUGUGUGUCCGGCCAUUAAAUGCGGUAAUUUAUACACACUAUAUAUACACAACUAUUUAAUUAUGGUUACUGCUACACACUACUUCUGUGUUCAAUAAAUGAAUUGGUUUAAUUUCAUUUGAUUUAAUCAAUAUUUUACUGUUGUUCAGUUCUAAAAUCAUUGUUAUUUAGAUCAUUAAUAAAAUAAUAUGAUGAAAAUAAAAAAUUGCUUAUUAA